AUGGACAUUCAGAUGUCCGAGGAGAUUGAAUUUGCUGACGAACUCUUGAAUUUCUUUUAUGUAAUGCAUUCGAUUCGUCUCUCUGUCGACGGCCAAAUCGCAGACGACGACGAAUAUCAUCAAUCUUCUUCUUCCUCAACCACAUCCUCUUCAGAUCCAUAUCUCUGCCGAAACGUCUGCAGCGUCUGCUUCAGUCGACUCAACACUGCGGCACCGGAGUUCGUCCCUCGCAGCUCAUCAUCCUCUUCACCGACUCAGCCCAGACUCGUGAUUCCUCAUCAAGCUUCUCCGCACCCUUGGUUGGCCCAUGUGUAUCCGGGUCCCAAUUCUCCAUUUAGGGUUCCAAUUCGGAGCCAUGUGACCGUGCAUUAUCACCCACAUCCUCACUAUGUUCCAAUUCAGUAUCAUCAAGAGAUCAAUGGAGUUCAAGCUCAACAGCAAGCUCCAAUUGAGCAUGACCAUGUCUCCACCUCGAGAAAUGGUCUAUCCGAGGAAGCUACUCAGAAGAUUCUUAAUCAGAUGGAAGAGCGAAAAUGGGAAGAGUUGAACUUGGAUAUCUUGUUGUAUGUGUUUGAGAGAUUGGGAGUUAAAUCUCUGAUGUUGGAUGUUCCCCGCGUAUGCAAGUCAUGGUACAAAGCAACUCGCUAUCCACAAUGUUGGCGACACCUCAAGUUUGAUGCGUUUUCAUUCAAUGUCAGGUCAGAAUUAAGGGUUGCAGAUCCAAAAAAAGAGCUUGACAUUAAGUUUGAUAUGUUUUCAUUCAAUGUCUGGUCAGAAUUAAUGUUUGCAAAUCGAAAAAAAGAGCUUGAAUCCCUCGAAUCAUUAAGUUUGUUGUCAAACAUAGUGCUAGAUCUGCUGUUUCGCUAUCUAUGCCUUCCAAUUCUACUAAAGAGGCUUUAGUUUAUGUUGCAAACGAGUAAGUUUUCUAAACUACAUUAAGAUAGUUCAGUGACUCUUAACCAUUUUUGGCAAUUGUUUAGUUUUAUUAGAUGAAGUGCUACAGUGAAAAAUACGCUGAAUGAGACGUUACAUAUGAUUCUACUUAAUUGUCAAGGGAAAGAUGACCAUGCCAGUGAUUAAUUUGGUUACAUAAAUGAAGGGUGCUCUUCAAUCCUGAUGAACACUUAUCUUUUCGAAAUCCAUCAUAUGUUAACAUAUGACCUAAUAUAGCCUUAAAAAAAGAAUGCCAUUCUUACAUGGAAAAUAUUGGAAUUUAUUUGACACUGAAUUUUUGUUCCCAGGUGUCCUGCCUUGAAAUAUUUGACGUUGUCUCAGGGUCUACCUGAAGAUCAUAUGUCCAUCAUUCCAAACCUUAUAAGCAGAUGGAAAAAUCUGGAAAGGUUAACACUAGACUACAACGCUAAUAUGCAAUAAAUCCUUGCAGAAGUCGGCCUUCAUUGCAAGAACUUUGUUUGGUUAGCUAUUACAAAUCCCAAUAUUUGGGAAGAGGAAGCAUCAGCCAUCGUCACACAUCUGCCAAACAUUAAGUAUUUGGAUCUGGGCAGUGCAUCAGCCAUCGUCACAUAUCUGCCAAACAUUAAGUAUUUGGAUCUGGGCAGUGCAUUCCUUGAACGGGAGCUUCUAGUGAUGAUUUUGCAAUGCUGCAAAGAACUUGUGUUUUUUGAUGUUAAGAAUUGCAUAGGUUUCGAGUGUGAUGGUGAAAUAUUGAAGCUUGCCUCUCAUAUUGCAAAAUUCAAGUGCAAGGUUUCGACUGCAGACGGGUAGUAGGUGGUGACGAUUAUGAUGUCUUUGUGAAUAAUUAGUUGGUAUUAUGAAGUAAGAAUUGUAUAUGUCAUAUCUAUAUUUAUUUACCAUGCGAAUGAAAACUAUCCAGGUACUUUGUAUUAUCGAACUAUAUUUAAUACAUGGGCUUUCCGCUUUUGUUAACA